AUGAAAUCCGCCUUCACUCUCGCUACUCUCGCGGCGAUCGCUGCUGCUGCCCAGGAGUUCACCGUCUCCCCUGAUUACAAUAACUCGACCACCACCAUCCCCGUGCCUCCUGGUAGCACUGACAAGGGUCCUAACGAGGGCAAGACCACGACCAUCCCUGUGCCUCCUGGUAGCACUGACAAGGGUCCUAACGAAGGCAAGACCGAGACUGUGCCUGGUCCCAUUCAGUACACUACCACCACCAUUGAAUGCCCUGUUUGUGAAGGUGGCUUCAGUACUACCACCAUCCCUGUGCCUCCUGGUAGCACUGACAAGGGUCCUAACGAAGGCGAGACCAAGACCAUCCCUGUGCCUCCUGGUAGCACUGACAAGGGUCCUAACGAAGGCAAGACCACGACCAUCCCUGUGCCUCCUGGUAGCACUGACAAGGGUCCUAACGAAGGCAAGACCACGACCAUCCCUGUGCCUCCUGGUAGCACUGACAAGGGUCCUAACGAAGGCAAGACCGAGACUGUGCCUGGUCCCAUUCAGUACACUACCACCACCAUUGAAUGCCCUGUUUGUGAAGGUGGCUUCAGUACUACCACCAUCCCUGUGCCUCCUGGUAGCACUGACAAGGGUCCUAACGAAGGCGAGACCAAGACCAUCCCCGUGCCUCCUGGUAGCACUGACAAGAGUCCUAACGAAGGCAAGACCACGACCAUCCCUGUGCCUCCUGGUAGCACUGACAAGGGUCCUAACGAAGGCAAGACCACGACCAUCCCUGUGCCUCCCGGUACCACUGACAAGGUGCCUCCUCCCGCCCCUACCACUCUUGCUGACAUUUCGAGACAGCCCGAACCUUCUUCGACCGGUGUGAUUGUUACGCCUCAAGUCGAAGAAGCCAACGGUGCUGCCAAGUUCGGUGUUGGUGCUGCGGCUGCCAUUGCUGCCAUGGCCAUGAUUGUUUAA